CUAAACCUUGCUCAUAUGUUUUGUUUCAGGGAUAUCGUGCAGCAGUUUGAAUAUUCAAAUAUUGGAGCUACUGAGCUAAUUCUGUCAAAUGGCAUGAGAGUUUGCUAUAAGUAUACGGACUUCUUCGAUGACCAGGUUCUCUUCACAGGGUUCUCAUAUGGGGGUUUAUCUGAACUGCCAGAAAAUGAAUACUUUUCAUGCUCAAUGGGUUCAACCAUCGCUGGAGAAAUUGGUGUUUUUGGUUAUAGACCAUCAGUUCUAAUGGAUAUGCUUGCUGGUAAGAGAGCUGAAGUUGGAACAAAGCUUGGAGCAUAUAUGAGAACCUUUUCAGGUGACUGCUCACCUUCGGACCUGGAAACUGCCUUGCAGCUAGUUUAUCAGCUAUUAAAACAGAUCCAAUUAGAAUUGUAUUUGGGUGGAAUUCCAAGACCUCUUGAACCCGUUUUCCAUUUCAGCCGUGAUGAUCUCAAAGGCUUGCCUUUCACUUUUCCUUCGACCAUAAUUAGAAUAUCUGGGGCUUUGACUAUGUUAAAUGAUGAUGUUGGGUUGAAGGAUGGGUCUGGGUGA